GUCAUUUAAAGAAGGAAUUAAUAUGGCAGCGAUGAAGUUCAUUGUUUCCCUUGUUCUGCUAGCAAUUGUGCUUCAAAGCCGAGUGAUUGAAUGUCAGGGACAAAUGACUUGCUCUGUAUCACUUAAUAACCUGAACGUGUGUGCGCCAUUCGUGGUUCCAGGGACAACCAACCCGACCCCUAGUGCCGACUGUUGUUCUGCACUCCAGUCAGUGGACCAUGAGUGCCUCUGCAACACUCUCCGCAUCUCUGCCCGCCUUCCAGCUCAAUGCAACCUUCCUCCCCUCUCUUGUGCUGCAAACUGAGUUGUAUGUUGACGACGCCAACAACCACAGCUAUUAAGCGAAUAAUGUCCAGAGUUCUAUGGCAAUAAAUUAUAUGCGCCCCCUUUCUCUUUUGUUUGCUUUGUUCUUUGGGGAGAUGUUUUGUGUCCUCUGAUUUGCAAGUUAGUCAUCUGAUGUAAUAUAGGUCAGACAAGAGUCCGC